UCUUAUUUUAUUUCGUAAGUCUCGACGGAGACUACGUGAGAAGCCCGCUCUAGCAUGUAAGUCAAUUCGUUCCUCGCGUGGUCAAUGAUUGCAGGAAACUACAAUCGACUCGUCAAUCUAUCGAUUUUUCGUCAGUUUUUCUGGGUUUUAGUUAGCCCCUUCCAAUUUGGAUUAUUUUCUGGAUUAUACUGAUUCUGCUAGACAACUUUCAAUUCAUGUCUACUUCUAAGAAGAAAAUGUCAGAAGGAGAUAAAUCGGGCUCGGCCGAGCGGGAGCGUGCUCCCGGCAAAGCAAACGAGAACGUGCCGUCGCAUCCAGCCAAGCCUGGUGCGGGGGUUUCACUAGCCUGUCAUCCUGAGCCCAAGCGCUCGACAGUGCCGACUCAGCAAAAAGCGUCUACCUCACUAACUACGCCGAAAAAAUGUAGUUCCAAGAAAAAGCAUGUGGAACCAAAUCCCGAGAUCGAAUCGCUCAAAGAGCGGCUGAAUCACUUUGAGGGACUCCUCACUAAAGUGGUAGAUGCAUUGCCCAAACAGACAUUUACGUCUACGUCUUCAGAAAAUCCGCAUUUUCAGCGGGAAGGCGACAACGUUUUCACAACGGCGGAUGAAUUUUGGGAUAACCAUGAUCAUGACAUGGCAGCGGGUAGCAGCGGGCCGCUGCAAGCCGAUUACGGGGGAAACCCUGGUGAGGAACACGGAGGAAUCCCCGGUGAGGAACCCGCUGGAUUUGGGCUUGACAGCGACGACGCUCCGGUCCCCUCCUUCGCCGCAAAAUUUGCAGUGCCAACAGGCGUGGGGAAGCCGCUCGAUUCAGAGCUAGCAAACUCCGCAUCUUAUUUGAUGGGACAUAAUUUGGAGGAAAAAACAAUUGAAGAAACAGCUAUCAAGUACCCAUGCCCUGCAAAUUGCAUUUUGAUGGACGCUCCAAAAGUGAAUACCGCAAUUUGGGAGAAUCUCCCCGCCGAGACUCGUAGCAGAGAUUUGAAACUUCAGCGGAUUCAAAAAGCACUGACAAAGGGAAUCGGAGCUUUCGUCCAAACCUUGGACUCUCACAACAUGUCUGAUACGCAACAGGAUGCUCUCGCACUCCUCUGUAAUGCAAACUUUGAAAUGAACUGCAUGAGAAAAGACAUGAUUAGACCAGACAUGAAUAAGAACUAUACUCAUCUUUGCAAGCCGGCUAACCCGGUCACAAAGCUCCUGUUCGGGGAUGAACUGGGCAAAAAGGUCAAAGACCUUCAGGACCAACAUAAGGCGGCUGCAGGUGUUAUGAGAGGUGCCGCAAAUUUUCCAAAACCCAGCUACCAUCCUUACAGGAGAUAUACAGAGGCUGCAAAACGUCAGGCCCGAGAUGCUGGUUGGUUUUCCAACACAGCAAGACACAACCCUGGAGCGGGUAACAUGAACACUAACAGGCCUUUUUUAGGGCGCCGCCCGUCGUGGAGGGGCAGACCAGCCCCACACACUCAAACACCCCAGACGGGCCAACGCAGGCCUUUCCGAGGAGGGAAAAAGUAGUCCCAGACGCUAAACAGGCACCUGACUCCAGUGAUCAGGCUUGGAGCUGCUGCUACCGACAACAAGGCCUGAGCGCAAAAACUGUUGAUAUCAUCUCUGCAUCUUGGAAGGACUCAACGAAAAGACAAUAUAAAGUGUACAUAAAGAAAUGGGAGUCAUUUUGUAAGCAGAGGAAUUUAAACAAACUCAAGACAAAAGCUGAGAAUGUGUUAGAAUUCUUAAGUGAUUUGUUCUAUAAUGGCAAUGCUGGCUAUAGUGUCAUUAACACGGCAAGGAGUGCAUUGGCCUCCUUCUUAACUCUGGAGAAUGAUUCUCAUACAGUUGGAUCGCACACAACUAUUAGCCGUUUCAUGAGGGGAGUUUUUCAUCUUAGGCCCCCAGUUUCUAGAUAUACCAAGACUUGGGAUGUUGGAAUUGUACUGAACUACUUACGGGAGCUAUAUCCAGCAACCAAGCUCCCGCUUAAGGAUUUGACACACAAGCUGGUUAUGCUUCUAGCACUUACUUCAGCACAACGAGUUCAAACAUUAUACCAUAUGAACUUGGACAAGAUGAAUUUGACAGACAAGAAUAUGGAAUGUGUUCUCGACAAGAAACUUAAGCAAAAUCAACCUGGGCGUAGUGGUUGCUCCAUUCAGGUAUCGGCUUAUAAAGCGGAUAGCCGCAUUUGUGUCAUUCGGUAUUUGAGAGAAUAUCUUCGACGAACCAAGGAUAUUAGGGGUCAGGAGAGAUUCCUUCUAAUUUGCUAUCGCAAGCCAUAUCAUCGUGCGUCUUCUCAAACAAUUUCGCGUUGGAUAAAAUUAACGAUGAGAAGCGCAGGUGUCAACACCGAGUUUAAAGCACACUCAACUCGCGCAGCAUCCACGUCGACUGCCAAGAGGAUGGAUGUACCUCUUAAAGACAUACUGGCUCAAGCAGGCUGGGCAAAGGAAAAUACUUUCCAAAAGUUCUAUGACAGGCCUUUGGAGAGCAAGGGCAAGAAGUUUACGGAUGCAGUGCUUAACAGCAAUUAAUAGAGUGUCUAAAGAUACGAACUCGUGUUCCUACAGCAAGGUUAUAAUAUAUAUUCAGUAGUAAGUUAGCAUUACUUUCUGUUUAUAGAGUUUCUCUAUGCCAGUUUAUGCAAUUAGGUAAUUGCUCAUAGAAUCGAAUGGGACUACUGGCUUUAAAUUCUCACGUAGUCUCCGUCGAGACUUACGAAAUAAAAUAGAAA